AUGCCUCGGGGGCAGAAGAGUAAGCUCCUUGCCCGUGAGAAACGCCUGCAGCCUCGAAGUGAGUCUCAGAAUCUCCAGGGUGCUCAGGCCACUGCAGCAGAGGUUGAAGAGUCCCCCGCCUCUCGUCUUUCUGGGGAGUCUCCCACAAGCUCCCCUGCUCCUGGUCCAUCCCAGGAGCCUCAGGGAGCCUCGGCCACUAGCUCUCCUGAAGAAGGUGUGUCAUGCUCAAGAUUUAAUGAAGCUGCCAAGAGCCAAGUGGAGAAAAGUACAAGAGCCUCCAGGGCUGCACUCGUCAAACGGAGGGCUCGCAGAGAUCCUCUCAACAGGAAGGUGUGCAGGCUGGUGCAGUUCCUGCUGGAGAAGCUUAAAAGGAAGGAGCCCAUCACACAGGCCGCACUGCUGAGGAUCGUCAACAGAAAGUACAAGGAGCAAUACCCCGAGAUCCUCCGGAGAGCCUGUGAGCACCUGGAGCUGCUCUUUGGCCUUGAGCUGAAGCCAGUCAACCCCAACAGUCACACCUAUGCCUUUGUCAACAACCUGGGCCUGCCGAUUGAGGGAGACCUGGGCAGCGAAGAGGUGGUGCCCAAAACCGGGCUCCUCCGCGCUGUCCUGGGGGUGAUCUUCGUGAAGGGUGACCAAGCCACUGAGGAGGAGAUCUGGGAGUUCCUCGAUGUGUUGGGGGUCCACCCUGGGAAGACGCACGUCAUCGUCGGGGAGCCCAGGGAGUUCAUCACCAAUGAGCUGGUGGAGCAAAAUUACCUGGAGUACCACCAGGUGCCCGGCAGCGAUCCUCCACGCUACGUGUUUCUGUGGGGCCCAAGAGCCCACGUUGAGGUCAAGAAGAUGGAAGCUCUGGAGCUUUGGGCCAAGAUCAAUGGAACCGUCCCCACUGCCUUCCCCAGCCUGUACAGAGAAGCACUGAGACAUGAGGAAGACAGAGCAUGGCUCACAGCUGUAGCCAUGGUUGCCACUUUUGAGAAGGGCAGUGCCCCUUGCAGGGCCAAGUAG